GACGUCAUGGAGGAAGUCAACGCCGGUAAAACAACAACGCGCCAAAUUUGUGCUUUAUUCCCUGUUGUCACAGUCGCAGACGCAUGAAAAAGUUUGUCUGUGCAAGUAUAUUUGGAAAACACUGCUGCACAAGGAAGACUGUGCAGCAUGGCUGUGCCUUUUGUGCAGGACUGGGACCUUGUUCAGACACUUGGAGAAGGAGCCUAUGGAGAAGUGAGGCUGCUGGUGAACAGACAGACCGAGGAGGCGGUUGCAGUGAAGGUGAUCGACACAUCUCAGGCCAAAGAGUGUGCUGAAAAUGUCAAGAAGGAGGUCUGCGUCCAUAAGAUGCUCAACCACGCCAACAUCGUACGUUUUUUUGGCCAUCGGAAGGAAGGUACGACUAUGUAUCUCUUCCUGGAGUACUGCACCGGAGGAGAGCUGUUCGACCGAAUCGAGCCUGAUGUGGGGAUGGCGGAGAGAGAUGCUCAUAGACUUUUCCUGCAGCUAAUAGCGGCGGUGGAAUACCUCCACGGUGCCGGAAUCACCCACAGAGACAUAAAGCCAGAGAACAUUUUGCUGGAUGAUAAAGAUAACCUGAAGCUGACAGAUUUUGGCCUGGCCACCAUGUUUCGUUUCAGAGGACGAGAGCGUCUCCUGAGUCGUCUCUGCGGGACUCUUCCCUACGUGGCUCCGGAGCUUCUCGGCCAAACAGAGUACAAAGCUCAGCCUGCAGAUAUCUGGGCUUGUGGGAUUGUCCUCACUGCCAUGCUGGCUGGAGAGUUGCCAUGGGAUCAGCCGACUGAGAGCUGUCAAGAGUUUUCAGACUGGCUUCAAAAGAAAACAUACCUACCUCCUUGGAAGAAAAUACAACCAAUGCCUCUUAGUUUGUUGUCCAAAUUACUGCUGGCCAGUCCAGAUGCACGCAUCACAAUAUCCGACAUACAGAAAGACCGCUGGUUUACUCAAGGUGUAAAGCAACCGCCUGCAGGCUCACGAGGAAACAAACAACUUCGGUCAGACGGUGGACUCAUAUCCCGCACCAACAGUGAUGACAGGAUGCAGUUUUCCAGCUCUCAGCCUGAUUUUGCAGCAGGAGGCUGGGAAGCCAUGUUAAUAAUCGGCCAAAGCGAGGGCCAAGUCAGCUUCUCUCAGCCAACCAAGCCGGAGCACAUGCUGCUGGGUAGUCAGCUGCUGGGCACACCGGGAGCCAGUCAGACGCAGUGGCAGAGAUUAGUGCGGAGAAUGACUCGUUUCUUCACCACCGUGAAUGCUGACGUUUCCUUAUCUUCCCUUAAAGACGCCUGUGACGGCCUGUCACUCAGCUUCAAACUCACCUGCACCAAACAGGUGACGGUGAGCACACUGGACAAACGCAACAACAAACUCAUCUUCAAAGUCCAUUUGCUAGAGAUGAACCGGAGAGUGCUGCUGGACUUCAGACUGUCUAAGGGUGACGGUCUAGAGUUUAAGCGUCUCUUUGUGAAAAUAAAACAGAAGCUCGGAGACAUCAUCAGCACUCAGAAGAUUUUACCCCCCAUGAUAUGAGCAACCUCUACAUACAAAUGCACACUGCUAUGGACAUUGGAGGGAGAACCUGUAGAUAUUUAGCUGUUCUACAGAUAUUUAAAAUGUACCCUGCUGUUCUCGUCAAGCAUGUGUGUGUGGACUCUUGUUUUCUUGCACUUCUAUUCUCGUGAGAACCGGUAAAGUGUUUGAUGCGAGGAAGGUGGACAUUUUUAAAAACUUUAAAGGGUUAAAUCGUCACUUCCUUAAGGAGUCGUUUUUUUCAAGGAUAGAAGAAAGUGUUUGUGUGUGUGAUUUGUUUUGAUUAUGUUUAACAUGAUAUAGUCCAAAGUCUUGAAUAAAUUAUUUAAAAAAACAACAUGGUAUGCUAAAUAAUUUUUGAUAAAUGAUGCAUAUACUGAUGAUGAACACUAACUAAAAAAAGAAAAGUUUUAGAGUUGGAUUUGGAUUCAAAUAUAAAAGCCUUUUAGUAUGAAAUAGAUGGAUAAGGAAACAGCAGGUUCUGUUUCAAUGCUAAAGAGAAAGGGUUUCCUUGUUAAAAAAACACUUGUCUGAGCAGUGUACUUAUCAUUUAAUGUAGAAUUCAAAUGAUCAAAGUUAUGUAUUGAAAGAUAAAUGUGAGGAGAGCUUUUAACUGUUAUUGAAGUUGAGUUGGUAACAAACUGUCUA